AUGAACGCCGCUUUUAAAACGGCGAUUUCCAGACCGCAGAGCUAUUUUUCUCAGCUGAAAACCGCGUUAUUACACUCUACUCCCGUUUUGGAACGCAAACGCCGUUCCUCGUCUUCGGGUGGUCCUUGCUCUAGUUCCAAAUCAAAUUCUAACAAGAAGAAGAAAACGAAGAAGUUCUUGAAGGAACAUCAAGAAAAAAUACGUCGCGCUGUGGAAGAACUUAAACGCGAAAGAGAAGAGGCUGCAAGAAAAGCCAAAGAAGAAGAGAGUAAUAGGAAACAAGGCUUCAAGAGCACGCGUAAAAACCGGCAAAUGGGUUACGACGACAAAGAAUUUGAUUUUGUAUUCAGAUCUUUGUUUGGUGUGUCCAAAGGUUUCGAAUAUUCAACAUGUGAAGAGGAGGAACGUAGUUGGUGGUAUAAUCCUUCAUGGUAUUCUAGUUACUCUGGGGACUCUUGGAGAUCCAAAUAUCGGUUUUAUGACAAAGAAGAAGAGGAAGAAGAAGAAGAUGAAGAACAAGAACAAGAACAAGAACAAGAACAAGAAAAGAGAGAAGAACAAAAGAAAGAAGAAGAUAGUUAUAGUUCAAGAACAUCUAGAGACUCAGUGCCUGACCCAAUCCAGUCUUCUCAUAGACGAACACUUGGUCUUAGUACUUGGGGUCCAUUAAAACUUGAAGAUGUCAAACAUGCGUGGAGGCUGAAGCAAAGUUCAAGCUCUGCACUGUGGCUUAUCAAUCUUUACUCGAAAAGCUACAAUCAACUCAAAACAUUUGAAGGCAGAGGAGGCUGA